UGUUGUGUCUGCUGACGUCAGCGCUGGAACUGCCUUGUCACGCGGGGUUAGUAAAAGUUGGGAUCGGAGCUCCAGGGAGAGAGGCAGAGAAACAGACAGGAGGGAGAAGGAAGCGUACAAUUAACACGGGUAUUUCUGCAGCCGUACAGAGAGCGUUAAACAAGAGGAAAACGAGGGUUUAUUGUUAAGGUUUGUGUGGAAGACAGAAGAAAGCGGACAAGGAGAGGCAGAGGGGGCAGGCGGCUCUCUCUGAAAGUUCAAGUCAGAAUUUCGCUCGUUAACUGCCGGAGGAAGAGACAGAGAGAGAAAGAAAGAGAAGAGCCCUGUGAGCUUUUGUUGCUUUUUUUUUUUUUUUUGGAUUUCGAUUUUAAAGCGGGAGCGCGCGUGUUACAGAAAGCUUAGUUAAAUGAACAAAAGUGUAAAGUUUUGGCGCCGUGGCAGUCGGUAAAUGUUGUGACAUUUUCGGACGGCGCAAAUUGCUCCCAGCGGUCGUCGACGGUCGAGUGGUGGAGGGGGUGAGAACCCGAGCUGUCAAACCCGAUGACUACUGCAAACUGCCCCGGGAAUGAGGAGCUGGACUUCAGACUGAUUUUCGGAGAGGACGGGCAGCAGCAGCCUUCAGGCCCCGCAGAUCUGGAGCAUGAUGACAACACAUCAUUCUACAUCGUUAAUGUGGGCCAGCCCCAGUCUAUGGUCACGAACCACCAGUCUAUUGGCCUGCCUCGUCAUGGCAUGCACUCCCAUCCUCAGGUCAUCAGCACUUCACCGCGACUUCCAUCACAUAAAACAGGAACUGAGCACCUAAGCUACGAGGCACAAGGCUCCAAGUAUGGCACCUCAUCGCUGCUGCCCUCUGCUCCUGUGGAGGCACCAAAAGCCUUUGAGUGCCCCAGUAUCCAGAUCACCUCCAUCUCCCCCAGUUGCCAGCAAGAGCUAGAUGCCAGUGAGGGGGAGCUGACAGCCAAUGGUCCUGAUGGGGAUUACCACGGCGACAGACCCUUGUCCAGAGACCAUCUAUAUUUGCCACUGGACCACUCAUACAGGGACUCUUCGCUCAGCCCUAGCCCCUGCAGCAGCCUCUCCUCUAGGAGCUGGUUCUCUGAUGCUUCAUCUUGUGAAUCGUUUUCACAUGUCUAUGAUGAUGUUGACUCAGAGCUGAAUGAAGCAGCUGCAAGGUUUAGUCUGGGCUCCCCUCUGACUUCUCCAGUUUGUGUGUCACCGCAGGCUGUUGGGGGAGUUCUAGAGGAGCAGUCCCCAUGGCAGCACCAUCAUCCCCCCUUUGUGCAUCACACUCACUCCACUCUUUCUCCUCGACAGUCCCCCUGCCAUUCACCACGCAAUAGCGUCACUGAUGAAAAUUGGCUUAGUCCACGGUCUCCUUCGAGGCCCUCUUCGCGACCAACCUCACCCUGCGGGAAAAGGCGACACUCCAGUGCCGACAUUUGCUAUCCCGGUUCCCUGUCUCCUCAUCACUCACCUACACCCACGCCAGGACAUUCCCCCAGGGGGAGCGUGACAGAGGACACAUGGGCUGGGAGUCCCACUAUGGGCAUGUCACCUUUUCAGUGCUGCCCAUCUGAGACAGACAUCCCAUCAAAGACAAGGAAGACCUCACAGGAUAGAACAUCUCUGCAGACAGGGAAAGGAGAGAUGGCUUUAGAUGACCAGGAAAUUCUGUCUUCUAACCUCGAUUCUCCUCCAGACGACACGCUGCACAGGAAAGAUGGUCCUGCAGAACAGUUUCUGUCUGUGCCCUCGCACUUCUCUUGGAAUAAACCCAAGCCUGGUCAUACACCUAUUUUCAGGACAACCUCGCUUCCUCCUUUAGACUGGCCGUUACCCAGCCAGUUUGGCCAGUAUGAGCUGAAGAUAGAGGUGCAACCCAAAGCCCACCACCGUGCACACUAUGAGACUGAAGGCAGCCGAGGAGCUGUCAAAGCAGCUUCUGGUGGCCAUCCAAUUGUCAAGCUCACUGGCUACAAUGACAAGCCUGUGAAUCUGCAGAUGUUCAUAGGAACCGCAGACGACCGCUACUUGAGGCCACACGCCUUUUACCAGGUGCACCGGAUCACCGGGAAGACUGUAGCAACGGCCAGCCAAGAAAUCCUGCUUUCCAGCACCAAAGUUCUUGAAAUCCCUCUGCUUCCUGAAAACAGCAUGUCAGCCAGUAUUGACUGUGCUGGCAUACUGAAGCUGCGGAACUCGGACAUCGAGCUGCGGAAGGGGGAGACGGAUAUAGGACGAAAGAACACACGGGUCCGCGUGGUUUUCAGAGUGCACAUCCCUCAACCCAACGGGAAGGUGUUGUCCCUGCAAGCUGCCUCUAUUCCUGUGGAGUGCUCCCAGCGUUCAGCUCAGGAGCUGCCGCAGGUUGAGAAGUCCAGCCUCACCAGCUGUCUGGUCAGUGGGGGUGAAGAGAUGGUGAUCACUGGUUCCAACUUCUUCCCAGAGUCCAAGGUUAUCUUCCUGGAGAAAGGCCCUGAUGGACGCCCACAAUGGGAAGUUGAAGCAAAAAUAAUUCGUGAGAAAACCCAAGGUUCAUGCAUUGUCGUGGAAGUCCCUCCAUACCACAGUAAGACUGUGACUUCAGCUGUGCAGGUGCAGUUUUAUGUCUGCAAUGGAAAACGGAAAAGGAGCCAAUCGCAACGCUUCACCUACCUUUCAGUGAUGGUGAAACAGGAGCACAGAGACGAGCUGGACCUCACUGCCGUUCCUCCCAUUUCCAUGCCCUUGGCACAUGCUCCCAGUCUGGUGCACCCUCAGCUGCCUUCUCCUGAUCAGGGCCACCCAUCGGACAACCUUCUGUCCAGCUCUCUUCACAGCCUGGCCACGGGCUCCGGACCUGGCCUGCUACCUCUGCCGGGCCCCUGUCCCUCCCUGAGCUCCCCGCCUUUCCAGCACCUGCCUCACCUCCAGGGUCACAGUUUGCACCACCCCCCUGCAGACUGCCACAUGACGUUCCACCAGGGCUCUGUUCCCGCUCCUCCCCGGCCCACCUACCAGCCUUUGCAGCACAGUCCGAGUCACAGCCUGUCCUUCAACGGCCAGCCCAGCCUUCCUUCUCAGAGCUAUGAGAGGAUGUCCUUUCAGCAGAGCCCCACUGCAACGUCACACCCAAUAGGCCUGGGAAUAGUUUACUCAUCCAGUUGCUCCUCACCGUCUGCCCUUUCAUCCUCACCCACCAAUCCCAUUGUUGGAUCCCCUCAGAACCAUCAGCCUAUGCUGUCCCCCUCGUCCCCGCACCUCCACACACUCGGAGGCUUCCACUGCUCUCCGAAUCCUAGCCAGGUUCCGUCUCAGGGAGGCCACCCCCUAAGUGGGCAGCACUCCUCGCAGCUGCAGAGAGGUCUGGGAUACCACCCAGUAAGCCAAAGGUCAGCUUCUUGUCCCACACCAUCCACUGCCCCCCCACAACGGAUGAUCCCCUCUCCUCAUUCUGGACCUUCUUCUCCUCAAGUCCACCCUCUGCCCUACCAGUCUCCCACUUCAUCCUCCCCCACCUCAGCUGGGAGUCCUCUGGGGCCCCUGCAGCAGCAUUCAGGACAGCCGUCUCCACAGGCCAUGAGUCCAGUGAUGACCAGCCUGUCCCCUGCAGCUGUGGGGCCACUGGUUCAUCCGCUAAGUCCUCAGGGGCCAUUUCCCUCUGAAGGGGAGAGGCUUAAUAUUAAGCAAGAACCGGAGGAGAGGGAGCCCACCUUCCGGUCCAUCGGCCUACAGGAUAUCACUCUGGAUGACGUAAAUGAGAUCAUCGGCAGAGACAUGUCCCAGUCCCCCAGCGCUCACGGCCCUCAGUCGGCGCACAACCAUUCGUAGCGCAGAUCUUUGCCUGAACUGUCCCUUUUUUUUUUUUUUUUUUGUGGCUCACGCAGCAUCACCUCCAGCUGUUAAACCCUGCAAACGCCGACCUGGUGCAAGAAGACUGAAGACUGUGGUGAAAGGUCUGUUUUCAACCAUGAGAUCUCU